AUGACUGGGCUAAUCAUGUUCAAACUUUACACAUACAUCAUUUUGAACGGUGUGCUUAUUGCAUAUGAAAAUAUUCAAUUAUUUGAAGCCAGUUGUGAAAUAGUAGAUGAUCAGCCGUGUAUCCACUUUGAUGUACAGCUUGAUACUAUUGUUUUUCAACCAAGCGUAGGCAGCAAAUUGAAGGGUGUGGUACGUAAAAUUGGCAUUGAUCACAUCGGUUGCCUGGUUCAUGGUUGUUUUAACUCCUCUGUACCCAAACCUGAUAAUGCUAUCAACGGUUGGAAAGGUGGUACUCUAGUUAUGGGACAAGAAGUCAUCUUGCAAGUUGACAGAUUGGAUGCCCUACGGGGAGUGUUAUCCAUAAAAGGACAUAUAGUGCAAGUCAUGCCAUACAGUGGAACUAAUACAGUUGAUGAAGUGAUAGAAUCUAAUUUGACUGAGCUUGACAAUCCUGUAAAACACAGAGUGGAGGUUUCUACAAACGAUGAAACCAAGAAGACAAAAAGGAAGAGGAAUAAGAGUGAGGAUGUCAGUGAAGAAAGUACUGAUGAAGCUUUCAAGGCGGAAACAAGGAAGAAAUCUAAAAAGAAACAUAAACGACAAAAAACGGAAAAUGUUAACAGUUUAGAAUUAAGUACUGACCCAGAACAAUGUGAACAUUCCAGUAAAAAAUCUAAAAAGAAACAUAAACGACAAAAACUGGAAAAUGUUGACAGUUCAGAAUUAAGUCCUGACCCGGAACAAAGUGAAUAUGUCAGUAAGAAAUCAAAAAAGAAACUUAAACGAGAAAAAAGUCACAUGACAGAGAAGAAGAAUGAUGUUUCUGAUCGUGAAUUACAGUGGGAGGAUGUAGACAGAAGUAAUGAUGUUAGAACGGACACAGACUUGCACAAGACAAAAACAGAUACAUAUGAUAUGGAGAUUAGCAACACAGAUGAGUCCAAAGAUUAUUCUAGUAAAGAAUCUAAAAAGCAUAAAAAGAAAAAGCGAAAAAAGAAUGAAUGAGGAUUUUUGCAAGAUUUAAUUGUCUAAUUUUACUGAAUUAAAAAAUCCUUCUAUCUCGUA